UGGAGCUUGGGAAAGGCGCAGGCAACCCCGCUCAAGGAAUGGAACACACCCGGAACUCGAGUUCCUUAUUGAUUCAUCUGUAACUCUUUGGUUUGUAGGCUACUUAUGCGCAGCAUGUGUGCACGAACUGUGUAAUGUUAAACUUUAAAGAAGGCUAAAACAUGUCUGCAGUGGAAGUGGCAAAAGAGGAACUCAAGGAGAUAGACAUAUGUGACAUCUGCUCCGAUGAGGAGAGCGGAGUUUUCCUCAACUCAGGUGCGUCGUACCUUGAUGGCUUCUCAGCGUUUCACAAAUGGGUUUCAACUGGACAUUCAGCAUCGGAUGGAUACCGUGAGUGCGCCAAAACAGCUUCAGGCUCACUAUCCAAGUGCGCAAAUGUGCCUCAUGGAGCACCAGCUGGAGAGACCCGUAUGGAGAGAGCAGGAGGAGGUGGAGAGGUGAUCCAUGAAGCAGGUGUGUAUUCGGAUGAAGAGGAUCUGAGAGUGUCCCGAGCAUCAUCUAUAGUGGACUGUCUGUUAGUGGAGCUCUAUGACACGUACAGUAAUAAUGUCAGAGGGGUGGACAGCUCGACCGAAGCCUCCAGCUCAGAAGCCUUCCUGGGAAGAAGUAACACUGGCUCCAACUUCCUCCAAGAACUUCAGGAGAAGCACACGAGACGCCAUCAGAUGAAAUACCUGGCUCAAAAAGGUCCAGAGGAGCUGAAGUGGAUCAUUCAGGAAGUGAAGUAUCGUAUUGGUGUGCAGUCGGCCAAACUGGUGCGUCAGGUCAAGAGGAAGGACAGACUUCGGCAGAAGUUUCAGAAGAAUUGUGAUAUAGUCACCGCCUGCCUGCAAGCCGUCUCCCAGAAAAGACGGGUGGACACCAGGUUGAAGUUCACUAUCGAACCUUCUUUAGGCAAGAACGGCUUUCAGCAAUGGUACGACGCACUGAAAGCAGUGGCCAGACUCCCAGUAGGGAUUCCCAAAGAGUGGAGGAAGAGGGUCUGGUUGACCCUGGCUGACCAGUACCUCCACAGCAUCUCCAUAGACUGGGAGAAAACCAUGAGAUUCGCCUUCAAUGAUCGCAGCAAUCCAGAUGAUGACACUUUGGGAAUCCAAAUUGUAAAGGACCUGCACAGGACGGGCUGCAGUUCAUACUGUGGCCAGGAGGCGGAGCAGGACCGCGUGGUGCUGAAGCGGGUGCUGCUGGCAUACGCCCGCUGGAACAAGACUGUCGGAUACUGUCAGGGCUUCAAUGUUCUGGCUGCCCUCAUCCUGGAGGUCACAGAGGGAAAUGAAGGAGAUGCGUUGAAGGUGAUGAUCUAUUUGAUCGAUAAAGUGCUUCCCGAUAGUUACUUUGCCAAUAACCUGCGUGCCCUCUCAGUGGACAUGGCUGUGUUCAGAGAUCUGCUACGACUCAAGCUUCCAGAACUUUCUCAGCAUCUCCACCAUCUCCAGAAAGUAGCCAAUCGGGAAGGAGGAGGCAGCUAUGAGCCUCCGCUCACCAACGUCUUCACCAUGCAGUGGUUUCUGACCAUGUUUGCCACAUGUUUGCCCCAUCACACCGUUCUGAAGAUUUGGGACUCCGUCUUCUUUGAGGGCUCUGAAAUGCUGCUGCGUGUAGCUCUCGCCAUCUGGGCCAAACUCGGAAAGCGAAUUGAGGAGUGCCAGACUGCUGAUGAGUUUUAUAGUACUAUGGGCUGCUUAACACAGGAAAUGCUGGAGCACAACCUUAUCGACUCCAAUGAACUCAUGCAGACGGUCUACUCCAUGGCCCCGUUCCCGUUCCCCCAGCUGGCUGAGCUCCGGGAGAAAUACACCUACAACAUCACCCCGUUCCCGACCCCUGUCAGAGCGAACAGCAGUCUGGCCCUCCAUGGAUGGGAGAGUGAUGAUGAUGCUGACGUGGAUGAUGAAGACUCUAUUGUCACUGCUCUGGGUUGCCUGGGGCCUCUUGGAGGACUUCUGGCUCCUGAGAUCCAAAGAUACCAAAAGCACCUUAAAGAUCAGAGAGCGGAGCAGAGCUCUCACGGCAGUAACAUGGCCGAGCUGAGUCCCGGGGCGGUGGGCGCGGGGCGAGCCGAGCACCAGGCGGCCAUCAACAGCAUGAUGCUGGAGCGCAUGAGCACUGACAUCAGCGCGCUGAAGAAACAGUACUCACGCAUCAAACAGAAGCAACAGCAGCAGACCGGACUACUUUACAUCCACACAGGACCUCGAGUGGAAGCUGAAACCAUUGAACAACAUCAAGCCAGUAAACAGCAGAAGCGCUACACCGAUAAGUGUCCAGCCACCAGUAUCCUUCCCUCCCAAAUCGGUCCGUCCCCUGUGGUCAACCAUCUUCUUCUGGGCAGGAGGUCCAGACCCGGUCAGCGAUCCUCACAGAAUGGUAUCAUUCAUAAUGAUGGAAGUCCUCAAGCCCACUCCACACCCAGCCAGAAUCAGAUGAAUCGGACCAGACAUCAUUCACCCUGGCGUACACAUGUGCGUGCGCACCGAAGGAACAUCGCCAGGGCGCGAGCGCAACUCGGAUUUGAAGAUUCUUUAGAGAUAGAAGACGGACUUACUGAUGUGAGCAAAACAGAAGAAGCAUCUGAAGAGGGAAGAUGUGAGGAUGAAGAGCAAGAGAAGGUGGAGACCAUAAGCUCAGAUGUCUCUCAGCAAGACCACAUCUCCAGAGAAGCAGAUGAUCUCAAAGAGAUCGACAACCAGUUGUCUUCUCUGCAACUGGAACCAGAACUUUCACCAGAAACAGCUUCUGAUCCAACUCCUCAACCAGAAGCACCUUCUGAUCCAACUCCUCAACCAGAAACAGCUUCUGAUCCAACUCCUCAACCAGAAACACCUUCUGAUCCAACUCCUCACCCAGAAACACCUUCUGAUCCACUUCCACCAACUCCACCAGAAUCAGAUUCGAAUCCGAAUACACCGACUCCACCACCAGAACCGCAGCCCGAGUCCAAACCCACGGCCUCUGCUUCAUUUCCAUUCUCCCAGCGACCAGGUUCAGACUCCUCCAGCUCAGAAAGUGGAGGCUCCCUCCAAAGAAACCCUUCAACGUUGGCAGGAGAACCUCCAAAACCACAGCAGAUCUUCUCCCCGUUCCCUUGCAUCAAAACCCCUCGCAAGUCCAUCACUGCGAGAAACUUGGGCCUCUACGGUCCAAACGCCAGGACUCCCAGUGUGCAUUUCCCCCAGAUGAGCAGAGGCAUGAACUGUGCUGGAAGCACCACAAAGCGCCGAUGAUGAAUUGUCGAAUACACACAAGCACUUAUUUGAUUCUUCAUAUGUGGGUUCACAUCUCCAACCACGAAAGCACAUCUCUAGUUUGCUUCCAGAUACUCCAAAACAUCUACAUUUAGGAACCAUAUUGGAUAAUGUAAUGCUUCCAUGAAGUUUAAAAUAUGAAUUUAUGAAGGCUGUUUACUUUUUUUGAUGAAACCUUACCUAAACAUCUGACACGUUCGGUUGAAGCUUUCGUGUCUCUUUUUGCAUGUUCAGAUCAGCAGUAUUUGCUACGAUGCACUGUGCAUGUUUACUUACAUGCGUCAAAGCUAGGAAAAUCACAAUCACAUAUAUGUAAAAUGCUGAUGCUAAAUGACUGAGAAAUGCUGCAGUACUGCAUCACACAGUCCAAAAUGAUUUUUUUUAGCACCCAGAUACACUAUUUAAUCCUAUAAAUCAACAAAUUUGUCUCUGUUUGCUCGUUUCUGUUGUUUAUGACAACAUUGCUGUUCAUUUUUCCGUUAUGUUAUGCCAUUUUUCUCUUGAUAUUUCCUUCGUAAAUUAUUAAUUUGCCAUCUGAAUGACAGAAGGUGUCAUUGAGUUCUUCUCUUUUUGGAUGCUUUUAUUCUGAACACUCCUGUUAUUGAACGCCCCUUUGAAUGUUUCUCUUCUCUCUAUUAAUCUUCGGUGCUUAUGAGCAGUGGAGGAUCACAAAUGCCCCACAGAAAAUAAAAGACGUGCAAGUAUGGAAAAUAA